GAACUCCUUCACAGACAUCCUCCGCGCCAUCCUGCUCUCGUUGGAAGUCCUUAUUGAAGAUCCUGAGCUGCAGAUAAAUGGCUUCAUUUUAAUUAUAGACUGGAGUAAUUUUUCCUUCAAACAAGCCUCCAAACUGACACCAUCAAUCCUUAAACUGGCCAUCGAAGGGCUGCAGGACAGCUUUCCUGCCCGCUUUGGAGGAGUCCAUUUUGUCAACCAACCCUGGUACAUUCAUGCCCUGUACACACUGAUCAAGCCCUUCCUUAAGGACAAGACCAGGAAGCGGAUUUUCCUGCAUGGAAACAAUUUAAACAGCCUUCACCAGCUAAUACACCCUGAAUUUUUGCCCUCUGAAUUUGGAGGAACACUUCCUCCUUAUGACAUGGGAACUUGGGCCCGGACGUUGCUCGGUCCCGACUACAGCGAUGAAAAUGACUAUACUCACACUUCCUAUAAUGCGAUGCACGUGAAACACACGUCCUCCAACCUGGAGAGAGAGUGCUCACCCAAGCCGAUGAAAAGGUAA